AUGUCAAUCAAUUUAACCGUAUCAGACAUCCAUGCUUUAGGCAAAGAUCAGGCAUUCGAGAUCCUCGCACAAAUUGCACGGAUUGAGAAGAAGACUUUUCCGGCUAACGAGGCAUUCGCCUUUGGAGAGGACCUUUGGAGGAAGAAGCCUAACACCAAGGUCUUGUAUGCGGUCAGCACAGCUGCCGGUGUACCGCAUCGUUUAGUCGCCUAUGCUGUCUAUGUUCGGCAGAAAGGAGUAGCUUUACUGCACAAAGUCUGUGUUGUAGAGGCAUUUCGUCGGCAGGGCAUCGGGAUGCAGCUUAUGAACUACAUUCGGCAACGUCUACAGAAGGAAGGCUGCCAACACAUUCAGUUAUGGGUGGACAAGGCCAGGGAGCCCGCUCGAUCAUUGUACAAUCGCAGUGGAUUUGAAGAACGGGAGGAGGUUGCCGACUACUACGCGCCAGGUCGUACUGGAAUUCGGAUGGUCCUUGACCUCGAACGCGAUUGA